AUGGCGGAUGCAGCGAGGGCCAGAGAGACCGGCGACAUGCCUGGAGAGCUGGAAACUUUGGCCAAAUUGGGGGCCAGUGGCCUGUAUCCGAACAAGUGUUGGGCCGACUUGACAAGGCAGCUGGCCCCGAGCAUCAAGGUGCCACCUGCGGUUCUUCAUAAGGUACCGACCAAGGCGGGUCUGGAUACACUUCCGGUGCUCAUGCCACACGAGCUGUUGGCAUCCAUUUAUGACACUUUCCCAGCUGUUUGGGUUAAGGUUGUGAAGCCGUCGGAUAGCCGAGCCGAGCAGUUUUGGCGCUCAGUGAAGGGCCAUCCUGCACUGGAGUCAAGCCCACUCCUCGCUCGGCCGAAUUAUCAGCGGCUUUGCAUACCCCUGGGUGUUCACGGCGAUGCUGUUCCAAUCACUGGGUUGGGGAAAGCUUGGUGCCAGCAGUUGACCGACCUGAGUUUCAUGAGCCUUUUGGGUCUUGGCUCUGUGAAAGAGCUACUGUUUUACAUGGGUGGAUUUUGGGAAAAGCUGAGAGUCAUGUCGAAUGACAUGAAUGGCACCGCUCACAAGUUCUUGGCAGUGCUGGCUUGGUCAUUUCAAAUCCUCUGGGAAGGUCGGCCCUUGCAGCUGGCAAGACUUCCGAACUUCUGCGGCUUGGCGAGCCACGUCUUGGAAAGCCUCCGAAUGGCGAUUGUGGUCUGGCAAAUCAUCCUGCCCUUUGCUGCAACUUCCUGGAACGAGCUGUUGGAAAACAUGCAGUCCUUUUGGAAGCUUUUGCAGCAACAGUACUCAGAUUUGGCUGUUCCAUGCAAGGGGGCUGAAAUACGACAUCUCAGUCGUCCGAUUUUCAACAUCUGGGCGGCCAAGAUGAACCCAGCAUUGGAGAUACAUCGUAAGAUCCACCUCCUCCUUAAACUGAAUGCCAAUGCAGAGCAGCUUUUGACUGAUCACCGUGAGCUUUUUGCACUGCCCUCGAGAGAUGCUUCGGUAUUCGAGACCUCUAUCGAUGGAGUUCUCAUGCUGCAGCACCAGCUGCAAGGGCACUUUCAAGAUGAGCCUCAAAAGCUCUUCAACGUCACCGAGAAGUCGCAUUUUGCUCAGCACUGCGGCAUUCUGGCUCGGCAUGUUUCGCCACGACUUUUAUGGUGCUUCAGUGGAGAGGACCAGCAGAGACGAGUACAGGAGCUCACACAGGCAUCGGUCAAGGGGAAUGGCCCCGGUUCUGCUCUUAUCAAGGUUGCAACAAGAUACAGAAUGGCUUUACAUGUGCAAUUUCACAAGAUCGAGGCCAAGAGGGCCUGA